AUGACCGCCAUCCAGAAAGUUGCUUUGCUCGGCAAAGGGUUCCUCGGAUCUGCCGUCCUUGACCAGCUUGUCAAAGCCGGUUUCGAUGUGACCGUCCUCACUCGGUCCCGCAGCUCCAUCCAGGGAGUCCCAGCCGGAGUUGCAGUAGUUGAAGUCGACUAUACGUCCACAGACAGCCUGGAGCAUGCUCUUCGCGGCCAUGACGCCGUCGUCUCCACCGUCAACUCGGCAGCAUUCAUGAUCCAGCAACCAGCCAUCGACGCAAGUAUCCGGGCUGGUGUCAAGCGCUUUAUCCCAGCGGACUUUGGGGCCCUGACCACCGCCCCGGAGGCGCAGGGUCUCCCCGUGCAUGCUCGUCCCGUGGAGAUCCAGAACUAUCUGAAGGAAAAGGCCCGGUUGGGAGAGUUGGAGUAUACCAUUAUUGCCGUGGGCCUGUUCCUAGACUAUGUGGUCUCUAGCCCAUUUGUUGUUGACAGGGUCAAUCGGACGGCUGUGCUGUAUGAUGGCGGCAAGCAUCCGUUCAGCACAACUAGCGUGGCUAGUAUUGGGAAGGCCGUCGCCGGUGCGUUGAGGAAUGCCGACGCCACGAGGAAUCGCGUGCUUUAUGUGCACGACAUGGUUUUGACGCAGAGGAAGGUUUUAGCGUUAGCAAAGAAGUACAAUCCGCCUGCAGAGGCUUGGACUGAAUCGAACGUCGACGCUGAAGCUCAACUUGCUGACAUGGUUAAUCAAAUUUCGGAGAAGGGGAUGGACAUGUCUCUGGUUUUUGGGUUGCUCAAGGCUGCCGUCUUUAGUGGGAAGUAUCCAUCCGAGUAUAAGAAUGUGGAUAACGAGCUUUUGGGUCUGGGGAUCAUGGGUGAAGAGGAGUUGGAAGCGAUGUUUGAGGCAAAAUGUAACUAA